GACUCCUCCAAGGGGCUGCAGACAAUCAGUGCAUUGUCAGCAGGGGCUGCAGCAUGAAGCAGGGGCACAUCCUCACUGAGAGCCUCAGGUCCAAGCCUGUUGAGGUAAGUCUCUACCACCCCCAAGACAAGAACUCAGGGAUGCCAUAGGAGGAGACAGGAGUCACCACCUACCAUCCUCAGCCCUUUCCCUGAGCAAGUCGGCUCCCGAGUCUCUAAGCCCGAAGCCCCACAGCUAGUACUGUGCCCUCAGGUGAAGACCAAACCCUGCUACAGGGGCUGGAGAGCAGCAGGCUUGCUGCUGAUGCUGACACUGCUCACUGCAGGGGCCGUGGCUGGAGGGCUUCUUGGUUUCACAUACAGCCCUUCCAAGCCAUUGCUGCAGAUGCUCCGAAAGACCUUCCUGAGCUCCCGGGUACCCUGGCCCAAUCAAACCACUCUAGUGGAUGUGGCCCAGAACAUGGCGACCAUCAUGGUGACUCCGUUUCAGAGCAACCACAGCUGGGCUGUGCUCUUCGACGGGCAAAGUGGCUACAUCUGUUACCGCCCUGCAGAGCACCAGGCCUGCUUCCUCCGUCUGAUGGAAGCCCAAGAUUGGGAGACCCUGCAGCUGCUGCUGAACACUUCCAGGGCCCAAGAGUCACAUGUACCUGGCCAGGACACCCACUAUGCCCAGGAACUGCUGGCAGUUUUGGGAGGCCAUGCUGUGGACCCUACCCAAGUGGGAGCUUCAGUGCAACACCUUUGUGCAGACACUCCUAUCUACUGGGCCCGGUGGGCAGAGGGGCCCCAGAGACAGCGGCUGAUCUACCUCUGCAUUGACAUCUGCUUCCCGAGCAACAUCUGCGUGUCUGUCUGCUUUUAUUACCUCCCAGACUAAGACCCCCUACCAAGUCCUCCCGACCUUUGCUCCCACAGGUCAGCCAGCUGCCAGGUCACCAGUACCUUUGGAAGGCAGCUGACGGUAGGGAUGAAUAAACCCAGAUUGCCUGGC